GUAAUAAAGUCAUUUUUAUCUCUGUCGUCCGUGGAAGAAGAUUGAAGGAGAAAACCAAAUUCCACUCUGUCCUGAAUUCACUCCAUAAUAACUUCUGUCUCUCUCUGCUCCCCCCCACCCCCUCUCGCUCUUCUCUCUCGCCACACACGCUCUACCUUUACCUCUACAUCACUACAAUGAAGAGCCAAAACCCAAAAUCCACCACCUCUGAUCUCAUGGCACUCAUCUCAAUACCAAGAACCGGACGAACAAAGCUUUUCUCCUACGGCUUCGUAUGUGCAUUUGUAGCUUGCACUGCUUUCCUCGCCUUCAACCCAUCGAGCAAUGCAUCGUCUCCUUGGUUCUAUAAUGUAUUCUCUUCUUCCUCUGUUUCCUCUGUCAAAGACUCAGUUGCCCCUCAUCAGUCUCAGGUCUCCUCUCUAUUUUCCCACUUCCUUCCCAAUUCUUCGUCUUCGAUGGUUGAUGAAGUUGAUGGAGGAGGUGGGUCGUCUGAAGACGCGGUUUUGGGAAAUGGGUCAGGGGUCAAUGGCGCUCUGAAGGAGAAUCAGACUCAAAUUGGAUUCCGGUCUGGAGAAAAUGAAGUUUCCAAUAAUAAUUCAACCCAAAAUGAGUCUGGUUCUGAUGAUGAGGCUGUUUCUGAGAAGAGUGCAGUUGGAGGGAAGAAUCAAACUAUGAGUGCAGCUGGGUCUCGAGGAAGUGGAGUUACAGAGCAGAAACAGAGGAAUUCUGAUGUUGAGAUCGAGAAAGGUGAAGUUUCAGAAAGCAAGAACCAGACCAAUAGCAGAAGUGUGUCGCAAGGAAUUGGAGUUUCAAAUGAGAAUCAAACUGCAACCGGGUCUCAAGAAAGUGGAGUUACACAGCAGAAACAGGGGAAUUCCGAGGUUGAGAUCAAGAAAGAUGAAGUUUCAGAGAGCAAGAACCAGACCAAGACAGAAUUUGAAUCACAAGGAAGUGGAGUCUCAGAGGAGAAUCGAACUUCAACUACGCAGGGAGAAACCAAGGCCAAGUCUACAAGUUCAAUUGCGAAUAAAGACGAAACGGCGCAAGUGAGCUCCAACAAGAAUAAUGGAAAGAAGAGGGAGAAAUGGAUUGAAGAUAUGAUUGGUUGUGAUAUAUUUGACGGGCAUUGGGUGAAGGAUGAAUCUUAUCCUCUGUAUCCUGAGGGAUCUUGCUCUAAUGUCGAUGAGCCUUUUAAUUGUUAUCUCAAUGGGAGGCCAGAUAGAAAUUAUCAGAAGCUCCGAUGGCAGCCAACUGGUUGCAAUAUCCCAAGAUUUAAUGCGACCGAUAUGUUGGAGAGAUUGAGAGGGAAGCAAUUGGUCCUUGUUGGUGAUUCACUCAAUAGGAACAUGUUUGAGUCUCUGGUCUGUAUCUUAAAGAACUCGGUAGAGGAUAAGAGCAAGGCUUCUGAGGUUUCUGGUCGUCGUGAAUUUAGAUCACAAGGGUCUUAUUCUUUCUUGUUUACGGGUUAUAAUGCCACAGUGCAAUACUUUGGUUCCCCUUUCCUUGUUCAAAAAUUGGAGACACGCAACGGCAACGAGACAAAGGAAACCCUGCGUCUUGAUAUGAUCGACAGAUCAUUACUUAACUACAAGGAUGCCGAUAUCAUUGUCUUCAACUCUGGCCAUUGGUGGACCGAUGCAAAGACCUCAGGAGGGAAAGGCUACUACCAAGAAGGCAAUACACUCUACGGCGAACUCCAUGUUCUGAUAGCAUUCCAUAAAGCUCUCAACACUUGGGCAAGAUGGGUAGAUGCCAAUGUGAAUCCUAAGAAAACCGUUGUCUUGUUCAGCGGUUACUCUGCUGUUCAUUUCAGAGGAGGGCAAUGGAAUUCAGGAGGGUCAUGUGACAUAGAGACAGAGCCGAUACAGGAUGAGAAGUAUCUGUCAUCUUAUCCUCCAAAGAUGAAAAUUCUUGAAUCGGUGAUCAAAGGAAUGAAAACCCCAGUGUCUUAUAUGAACAUCACUCGACUAACCGAUUAUAGAAAAGAUGCUCAUCCUUCUGUAUACCGAAAGCGAAAUCUCACUGAAGAGGAGAGAAGAAAUCCUAGAAGAUUCCAAGACUGUAGCCACUGGUGCUUGCCUGGUGUGCCCGAUUCAUGGAAUGAGCUUCUAUAUGCCGAAAUAAUUAUGAAACAGUAUCAAAUGGAUCAGUAAGUUGUAUAAACCCUGCAAAUAGUAUCGUGUAUGUUGUUCAUAAAUCUCGAAGAACAAGAACAGGAUAACAAAGGAGAGGAACCAAGGGACUGGCAUUUUCGCACAAAGAGACAACGAGUUCUGUCGAAGAAGAAAGGUCCCUGUUAUACAUUAUUCAUGUAUCAAAGAGGAAAAGUUUAAUUGUUUUCGUUUCAUAUCUUCCAGUUCUAUAUUAUUCUUUUAGCCUAUUUAGGCUCGGAAUGUAAAGUUACCUCUCCUUCGAAUGUAUUUGUCAUUAGGAAUAUAAGU